UGUCCGCGCAUCUCUGUCACCCUUUCAGGAUGCGUCCCUCCGGCGGCAGGAAAUGCGACACGAGGCCUCGGGUUUUUGAGGGCCGAGCUACGCCAUUAUUGUUUGGUAUAUGAGGAGUGCAAGCACAUCCACAUCAUGACAACUUCAUGUCUGUCACACGUUCCGGCCAUCACCCUUUGACGAACUAAGCACCACAGCCAUGGUUCAGUUCAUGCUCUCCGUGCUCGCCGCAGCGCUCUCACUCGCUUCAGCGGUGACAGCCCAAUGCGGGUCUGGCUCGCCACAUGCCACCGUGACCGGCUCUGGCAGCUCCUUCAAGGCCACGCGUGGCUCCAGCACGGUCUAUUCGGGCUCUGACUACCGGGCCGCCAUCCAGGCCGCGCUGGACUCGAUCAGCAGCGGGCAGCGGGUGGCCGUGAUGGCGUCGGGCUCGAUCGGGGCCAGCACCAUCACUAUCAGCAGCGGCAAGAUCUUCGAAGGCUGCGGCACCAUCAACGUCGGCAACCGAGCCGGCCGAGGCGCCAUCGAGUCCACCAACACGGCCGACGUGCAGAUCCCCUACCUGACCAUGACGGGCAACCCGUACUUCGGCCUGCGCUUCUCGGGCACGCGCAACCUCAGCCUGGGCAGGAUCACCAUGAAUCUGAGCGGCGGCCUGGGCAUCCGCUUCGACCGCGACGCCGCCGCCAACUCCAACGUCAAGAUGGACGUCAUCAGCGUCACGGGUGCCGGCAGCCACGCGGUCGAAACGUGGAACAUCGACGGGCUCACCAUCAACCAGGUCAUCGCGCGCAACGUGGGCGAGUCGGGCCUGCUGCUGCAGAAGACGACCAACGCGCAGGUCGGGCUCGUCGACGGCAACAACGUCGGCGCCGGCACCGGCUACGCCACGCUGCGCAUGGCCAACAACAACGGCCAGAACGCCAACGGCAACUACAACACCAACGUCUACGUCGACAGGGUCGUCUCGCGCGGCGGCGGCCGCGGCGUGUUCUGCGUGUCGCAGUCCGGCGCCGCCGUCAUCAAGGAGGUCGACCUGGCCAGCAACGGGAACAACGCCAUCCUCAUCGAGAACUGCUACAACGUCUCGAUCCGCGGCGGCAUCGUCAACGGCGGCGGCGAGGUCCGCCUUGCCGCCCGCUCCGAGUUCCCCAACAACCGGGACAUCUGGAUCACCCUGACGGUCAACAACAACUCGGUUCGCGAGUCGCCGUGCGGCGAGAACACCAACUGGACGCUGUCGGGUAAUGCCGCGAAGAACAUCUGCUAGCGGAUGCCGUUUAUAAGCAAGGGAAGGUGAUUGGUUGCUUCGGUGUCACAUGGAGCGCAGGUGUGAAUCUCAUGUAGUAUAGUAUAGUAGGUAGGUACCCUAGACUGUGAAGACCUUUAGUGCUAGGUAGUGUA